UGAACGAAACCUUCACAAUAAAAGACAAAACGGUGGCGCACGGUGUCGCUCCACAGUUCAAGUUGCGUCACCGCGGCUUUUGAUUGAAUUGUUGUUGCGUCGGCUCCAUACAUAGUCACUUAAAGCCCCGGGGAGUGGUUUUGUGGAGCCCGUUAAAACGUUAGCCGCGCGGUUUAGCCGACCGGCUGCUACAUUAAGCGAGGACAUGGAGAAGGGGACAGAGGAUGCAUUUGACCACGCCAGACUGGAGGUGAUCAAAGACGGCUACAAGAAGGCCUUUGAGUGCAUCAACAAGGCGCUGAUGGCCGACGAAGCCGGAGACAAGCAUCAGGCCCUGGAGCUCUACAGGAAGGGGCGGAAGCACCUCCUCAGGGCCAUCAGCGUGCCGUCUCAAGGGGCUGAGUGCGCGGGCAGCUCCUGGGAGUCGGCCCGGGAGAUGCAACGAAAGAUGCAGGAGACCCUGGACAACAUCACCACACGCCUCGCCGUGUUGGAGACUGCCGCCGGCGCCGAGCACGCCGGCGCCUACCCGCGACUCCCUGCCCGAGAUGAGCAAGUUAACCCCCCCCACGGAGGUACGCCCGCAUGCGGCGCCGUGGCUCUCGGGGAGCAGCCCCCGGCGUACUCCCCGCAGGUGGCGGACGGCCACCUCUCCAUCUCGUACGGGACCGAGUCGGGCGAACUGUCGCUGGUGGGUGACGAUUUUUACAGUCGCACGUCCAGCGCCGCAUCGACCCCGCAGAGCAUGGGCGAGGAUGCGGAGGAGCUGCUGUGCAUCCCGCAAGGGGUGCAGAUAUUCUUUGUGAGCCCAGAGGGGCACGUGAGCGCCCCGUCGUACCCGGGCUACCUGCGGCUGAUCAAGUUCACCGAUGAUUGCCCCGGUAGACCACCGGCGUUUCUGGAGGUGUGCGACUGGCUGUACCCGCUCAUGGCGGCAAACUCGCCGGCCUUGCUGUGCAACACCGGCGUCUUCAUGUUCCCCGACAUGAUGGCGCCCACGCCGGGGCACUUUGUAGGCGUGGUCCUAUCGGCGGAGUUGCCCGCCGCUGACCGAGAGCUGUUUCGGGAUCUACUGGCUCAGCUGACCGACCUCAGAGUACAGGAUGAAGACGAGGCCGCCGAGCACGUGAAUCUGAGCAACAAAGUGUCCAUCCCCGUGCCCGGCGAGGAGCCGAGCCAGGAGGAUACAGCGGCGGCGGCGGCCGCAGAGGAUGACAAGAAUUUGCCUGAGUGGAGCGAGAAGGUGGCCCACGGGAUACUGACAGGCGCAAGCUGGCUGAGCUGGGGUCUGGUCAAAGGAGCCGAGUUGACGGGCAAGGCCAUCCACAAGGGGGCGUCCAAGCUGCGAGAGCACAUCACGCCUGACGACAAGCCGGCUCACGUCAGCCCCACCGUCAGCAAAGGCCUCCACGUGGCCAAGCAGGCCACCGGCGGCGCCGUCAAAGUCAGCCAAUUUCUAGUGGACGGCGUGUGCGCCGUGGCUGGCCGUGUGGGGCGGGAACUGGCGCCGCACGUCAAGAAGCACGGAGGCAAGCUGGUGCCCGAGUCCUUGCGCAAAGACAAGGACGGGCGCUCCAACAUCGACGGGGCAAUGGUGGUGGCCGCCAGCGGAGUGCAAGGGUUUGCCACCAUGUGGACAGGUUUGGAAGUGGCGGCCAAGAACAUCACGACGAGCGUCGCGUCCGAGACGGUCACCACGGUGAAACACAAGUACGGCGCGGUGGCCGGGCAGGCCACAGACAACGCCGUCAACUCGGCCAUCAACGUGGGCGUGGCCGCCUUCAACAUCGACAACCUGGGCGUCAAAGCGGUGGUUAAGCGGACGGGCAAGCAAACGGCGCGAACCAUCCUGGAGGACUACAAGCUUCAGGACGGCGCCGACACGCACAAACAAGUAGAGAAAGCCAGCAAAUAGCCCGAGCCGUACACGCCUACUCUCUUGCCUUGAAACAAAUUCUAGAUUGAUUCCUAUUUUUGAUGUGGACUACUAAUGACUUAACUAUAUAUUGGAUAGUUUUCUAUAAUCAUUGGUUAAACUACUGACCACUGUGCCGCAACUACUGUGUGUAAUAUCUUGAAGCAAUCCAAAAUGGAUCUUUUUCAACCAAAGAUGCGAAGCUAGUAGCCAUUUUGAGUCAAUAUUAAUGUUGAAAGUGCAUAACGGCUUAUUGUGAAUGUUGAUGAUUUGAUAAGCCGUCGUUAUUUCAAAGUGUCGACAAUAUAAGGUGUGUCUAAAACAUGGAAUGCUGCUCGAGUGUUUGAGAAAAUCUUUCACAAGGUUUGCUCGCCAACUUCAAAUUACCAAGUCAGCAAAUUAUGGCUUUUUUGGGGGGGUGGGGGGGUGACGAUAAGUGGAUUGUGCCUUUCCCAGCCAACUGGGCGUAAUGAAAUAAAAACAUCACCUUGGUCCCAGGACAUUGUGACUCUCAAGGAAUGUUGUACAAGGGUUAUUUAAAAAGAGAUGUACAGAAAUGAAGGUUAUAUUUCCUAAUUUAUGUGAAAUUUAUUAAAUAUACUAAGCAUCUUGACAA